CUAGUAUUAAGCAACCCUUUGCUUGUAGGAACUUCGUGUGAGGGGAUUUAGCACCUAGAACGCCGAUUGGUUCAACAUCAGGAGCUGAAACCGACACUCGCUCAUAUAUCUAUACUGCAUAGGGGUUCUACUCUGCACACUCACUCUACUACAAGUAAAAAGGCCUCCUGUCAAUUAAACCCGCUCAUAGUCAAAGGAUGAAUCUCAUUAGGGGCUGAUUUCAUUCAUCUAAGUUGCACGAAGAGCAUAAAAUCUGAUCAAAAAUAUUCUUCAUACGCUCAACGUUUUCAUUGCUCCUCUCAUAAUUUUAGUCAAAAUGCCUAGCAAUACAGCCCUAGGCAGACUGCAGGCCAGCUUAGCGCAGGUUACUCAAGAAUUUACCGUUGCAGCCGCCAACAUCAAUUUCGAUUUUACGCUAGUUAAAGUCGAGGCUCCUCCAGAAUAUCGUGACAUAGCGACAGUACUCUCGCCGGCACGAGUACACGAAGCUGAGACGGGCUCUUUGCAUUGGACUGCAAGGAGAUUGGGUGCUUUAUUUGAAGGAUUCUGUCCCAAAACACCAAAUCUCAUCAAGGCUUAUGGACUGCGCGCGUCCGAGAUAUCCCGAGAAGUUGCCGAGGCGGAAAAAGAAAAACGAGCGGCAGAUGACAACUGGUUACGCAUGGAAUAUGGCGGCAUUGAUGCAAGGUCGAUAUGGGCUGCUGCAACCUCUAGUAAGGAAGCAUUGCCCGUACACCUUCUUGCAUGCAUAAUUGCGCGGAUGUUUUCACCUGCCGAGGCCACCUCCAUCUGGGUCGAACUCAUAGAAAACAGGAAGCGCGAGCUUCUCACCGACAUAGAACAAGGUGACUUAUUUCACCCGGGAGUCUUAUCGGCCGUGCAACAGGAGAUUACUCGGGAACAACUAGCCAAAUGGGAUUCCAGCACCAGAGCCUGGCUACAGUCUGCCGAUAGCGCACGCCAAAAACAGUAUAAGCAAUUCCUCCUCAUCGCUCAAAAUAUCAAUAUUGCUAUCCACAACGAGGGUCAAAAUCUAUACUCGAAUGCCAUUCAUGUUUGGAAGACGGCAUUGUCAGCAAUGGAGGGCCUUAUCUUGGGCCGUCCACAUGCUUCCCGGGACGCUCCAGUUCUGCUUGGUCUAUCGGCCUGGCACAUAUUCCCUGAUAUGAUCGUAUUUAAUGGCCAAUCAGGAGGCACGAGAAUCCAGAUGAAGGACUCCCUCGUUAAAGAGGGUGGAAUUUUAUCUUUGGGAUUCUCUGACACGGGGCCGCACGAGCCCUUGGGCGUCUAUUGGUCACUAUCACUCGCACACCAUACUUUCUAUGGUAACCCAACUUUGCGGACACGGCGACUGGACUCAGACGGUUCACGAUUGACUCUGAAUGAGUUCAUACUUGUGUGUAUGGGGAGUCUUCUAAGCACUUGGAGAACUCCCAUUCAGGCCACUAGUAUUGUCUUCAAAAUUAUUAAGGCCAUAACAGACCUGACGUCAGCUCCUAUUAUAGAAGCCAUUGAUAAUCUAAGAGACAGCCCAGGAAUAUCGACGCGCAGUCUGAGUCGCCUUUUCAAAGCCUACCAAGACCGAGAUCCCCAAGCUGUCCUCGCGACACACCUUGGUCGCCGGCGCCCAAACUUCGUUCCGGUUGAAAUAAUGCGAGCACGACGUCCCUUCUUCAAACUCACUCAUUUACCUAGCUUACUAUAUCUCCUUCGCAGCUCAGAACACAAAAUCAGCCUAUUACGACGCCUAGCAUCUAGAGUAACCGGGCUAAAUGCUGAGAAUAGUAUUAUUCUAUGUUUCAGCUUAGAACGUGAGAAGGAAGACAUUGUGUAUGCUAGCGCUUGCGCCCAACCACCAGAAGACCGAUAUGGUGCAGCUGCCAAAAACCGUGGCCCGCGACAUCAUCGGUGGAUUGAACGCCCCCGAAGGUAUGCCCAGGACAGAGAUAUAAAUAAAGAAAACAUCGCUGGUAAUAUUCACGCAUCUGAAGAGGUUCCAUCGUUUGACGAGUUUUGUAGCUCGAAUCUUGACCGCCUCCAGCGUGAACAUCCUCACGAGAAAAUAGAAUAUCUCGGCGGUGGUAACUUCAAGGGUGACACGAGACCUUGGUUCCAUGAUACUCUAACCGGAACUGUUACUCUUAAUUAUACCCAGGGAUCAUACGGAUAUUUGAUCGGCCAGAGGGAUGACUGCGAAUUGUCAGACCAUCAUCCUAGAUGUGAGCAUGCAUCACUAUAUUGCCGAGGCUACGGCAUAUCGGAAGAUUCUCCUCGAGAUUACUCUAUUCCGGAACUGACUUUUGAGGACGUCCUAUGGUGUUUUGAAUCCGGGCUAAUUUCCUCUAGACGUCUAAUAAGUUCUCUUAAGCUAGAACCAGCCUUUGGGUUCUUAAAGUGUUUAUCAGUUAUAUACGAGACAUAUGAAAAUCUAGCUUCGUGCGGUGCAACAAUCAGCUCAGCAAUAGUCGACCAUCCGUUCCAGCCACAGAUUCUAGAUAUCUCAGGUACCGAUCCUUGGCUAGACGUGGAUAAUCGCUUGAGAAUCAAUCGCCACUCAGUGUUAUGUCUCAUUGGGUACUUUGAAACUGCUAGCAAUAUCGCCGAUGGCUUAAAAGACGACUCCAGGAUAUUGGGUCUCAGCGGAGGCGAUUCAAUUUUCAUUCUAAGCAAGCUGGUCAAUGACCCCGUAACAAAUUGCUCCGACCACAGCUUUACAAGGAUACUGGGAAACACUGGACACCCUGGCUUCUCGAUCUUUACCAUCCCAGCAAACUUGAGAGCACGCGAGGUGGACCCUGCCGCAUGGCGGAUUGAGCCCACGGCAUUCGACAAUACCUAUGUGGAUUGCUUCAAAAGUACCUCGCUCCACUUGAGUUUUACCGAAUGGCACGCACCUGUCGUCCAAGUCCAAGGCAUCGGACAAAGGGAAUCUAAUGUGAACUUGAUCGAGGCCGUACUAUCCGUUCGAUACUCUGGGAAGUGGGUUGCGGACGUAGACAUAUCCGCAGCGUUGAAAACAGCCUCCCUCAAGCUCGUUCUGAAGAGCUCCUGCGUGCAUGGCAACCGCGCUCAAGAAAUAAGCAGUGAAAUGCUAGCGAUUGAGACCUGGGACCAAGUGCUCGACGUACCAGACGGCUCUGUUGUCGUCAAGGCCACGGAUAAUUGGCUUGCGAGACUGGCGUUGGUAUCGGUUCUAUGCCAACAUAGUAAGAAGCUGCAGGGACAGAUCUUCGUGUGGCCGAGUCGCUUAUGUCAAGACUGCGUUAAUGCCUCUGGUGAUGCCAUCCAUAUCUGCUAAACUGUACUUGAAGCAUAACGAAUCUUUUCGCAAAAGGAGUUAAAAUGUCGGGUUAGCGUUUGCUUAGGAGUCACUACACCAUUUGUUUCCUCUUUAGAUCAAUCUGUCGAUUACGUUGAGAUAUAUGGCAACAAAUUCAUCAUGCAUGCUCAGAACCCAAGAUGACGUCAGACCGCGGAGUUAACUGAAUGGGUUCUACUGUCUACCCGAACUUGAAUAGUUAUAACUAUGAGCUCACAGCAGGAUUAGUUUCAAAGAAUCCCCAGACCUAACAUUUUGUGAGCUGAGGAAAAAGAUACCCGUUCUACUUAACUCGUCUUCUCAAUGUCGGUAUCACCUCAUCCGCUAUUAGUAGCUGUCAUGUUUUCUUUUUUUCAGGGUACCAUUUAAUUCAGAAGACCAUUUCAGCUCAAGCAAUCCAUGGAUCACUUAAAUCUGGACAUU